AUGGCCGACUCUGUCCUAAUCGCACCGUUGUUUGAUGAAGCAGUGGCAGCCAUACAAAGCGCCGUACUGCAAGAACACCAACUUCAUUUCCAAAAUGAUGCAAACGCAUCGCUCUUGUUGAACGAGCUCCGUCGAGUAUCAGUCAGCAACGGCUCUGUAGACCAGAGAGUGGUUGUGUGUAGCCGGAAACUUACAUUGUUCAUUCGUACUCUUGCGCCAUACUUCGACCUUCUGAGCACAUGCAUAAAGCUCCAACCAGAAUGGAUUAGCUGGUUCUGGGGUGCGCUCCGACUAGUCAUCAAGAUGAGCAGUGCCUAUAUCCUUCUUCUUGAAAAGGUCGCCGAUAUGUUGGAAGCCAUUGCGCAUGUCUUGCCUCCGUAUCAGCAAAUAUAUGAGACUUACAGUGCAAACACCCCGGACUCCAAUGUCAAAGACGAAGACUUUCAUUUAGCAGCACUCAUGUCUUAUGUUUAUGCCGACUUUGUGCAACUGUUCUUGGAACUUUACUACGUUUUCUGCCGAGGGAGUCAAGCUCACACAGUGUCAUGGAGGCCGCUUGACUCGCGCAUUUCGCGUAUGGAAGUCCGAUUGGCCAAACACAGAAGAUGGCUGGAGAAGGAGACGCAAAACGACAUUCAAAACUAUUCCGAUAUCGCACAUCAUCGCAAGCACUAUCUUGACUUUCUGCAAAAUCAAGAUCAAAUUAGAGGCAGCGACUAUUUGGAUCAUGAAGGGCAAAGAGCUGUCAAACGAUGGAGGAGGGUGGAAAAAGUGCGAAACUGGCUUUGUAAUUCGCCCACCACAAGUCAAGUCGAUCGCCGACCCAGACAGUACAGCCCAGACUCAUGUGCAUGGUUCUUGCAAAGUUCAAUCUACUGUAAAUGGCGAGAUCAACCAUUUGAAAAAGCAGUAGCCAACGAUGCGGAUUAUUUGUUGAACAGUUGGCAACAUCGGGUGCUAUUCGUUCAAGCACAGAUUGGUUUUGGUAAAACCUUCAUAUCCCAUUCAGUAAUCGAGAACCUUACUGCUGAGGCUGAAGAUCCUAACAUUUGUGAUGAGCCUCCUGUAAUCGCGCACUACCGUUUCAGUCUCAUACAUUCCAAGCAUAAUCAUCCAGACGAUGCAUUGCGAUCCUUGUCAAACCAGCUGCUUCAGUUGCAUCGCAAUGAUCAUUCUACUCUCGAUGCUGUAUGCCUGCUGCUACGCAAAACUUCGUUUCGAGAACAUGCAAAUACAGACGAGGUAUUAGACGUCCUGACUCUACUUUUGCGACAACAUCCUACCUACAUCGCGAUUGACGGUAUCGAUGAAUGCAGCAACACUGAAGUCUUUUUGGGAUUGUUGGCAAGAUUAUGCCGAGGUUCCGAUGCGAGAGUCAUCUUGUUCAGCAGACCGGACUUGAAGAUACCGUUGGAAUACCAGAAGUGGGCAUCUGAUGCCCCUCACGUUUUCUCUCUCAAAAGCUCACAUAACGCCAUGUCCAUUGAGAAUUACCUCACACCGGAGCUAAACCGCCUGGCAGACCAAGGAUUUUUUGGCAUAUCCAUGGACCGAACGCUGAUUCCCCAAUUCGCACAAGCAGCAAAUGGAGAGUUUUUAUGGGCCUCUAUGCUUCUGAAGUUGCUUCAGUCACCACUAAUUUCACCAGAAGAACGAUUAGGUCUUCUAUUUAAUGUUCAGUCGUUGAAGGGGCUGGGCUCACUCUACCACACUAUGAUUGAUGCGCUGGCGCGUCACUCGCCCCAGAAGAAGCGAGUCAUCGCUAGUACUUUCCGCUGGUUGUCUCAUGGAAUUCAUCACCUGGAUUCAGCUGCGCUACAAGCCGCUCUGUCUAUACAGAGUACAGACGAGAAUGAGACGUCACAUACGAUGGAUAUCGUCAACGUGUUGGAAGAGCUCAGCUGCGGUCUUCUUCUAGUCACAAACGACGCUGUUUCUUUCGCCCACGCAUCCGUGCGCGACUUCCUCCAGUCCUCUGCUUCUCAUACAUCGGAGUUCAGUCUGUCUAACGAGAGUGGUGUACACGGACGCCUUGCAGCCGAUUGUCUUUCUUAUCUUGUCUACAGCGUACCGAAGCAGCCACUCGGCGUACUACACCCUCACAACCCACCCACACCUCCAGCCGCUUCAGCCAGUAGCGGCGCGAGCCAACGAACAAACUCAUCUGGAGAUAGCGGCUACAAGUCGUUAUCCUCAUCUGACGGUGACAACAACCAUGCUGUAGCACCAAUUGCACUCAACCCACGCAACAGCAGCUCAAGACCAAACAGUAUUCGCACCAUACCUUUCGAUACCCAUCUCCCCUUUUUACGCUAUGCGGCGCUCUGUUGGCCUAUACACCUAAGUCGCGCCCUAACCUUAUCUUCUCACCACUCUACCGCCACCUCCACGACAGAUACACUCGCUUAUCUUCCUGCUCUCAGCGCCUUCCUGUGUUCACGCCUCGCCAUCACAUCGUGGGUUGAAGCAUCAUUCCGAUAUAGCUUACCGCCUACACUCACACGGCUUGUGGGGCCGCUAUCCGACCUAAAAGGCGAGAUCUCUCCUUCGACAGCAAGGGGCAGGGAGUUAAGAUGCGUUGUGGGCCAGAUGAGAAUAUUGAGUGAGCGGUUAGCCGGCUUGAAGAGAGAAAACGAAGGUGUGAUGAGAAGAAACCCAAGCUUGAUAUGGCAGAUGGAUGAGCCAGGGGAAGACGCGUAUUGGCCUGUUUGGGAAGAUGUCGUUGCCAGCGCAAGUGUUCCGUGA